CAUCUUUGUCGUCUCUUCAGAAGUUCGUCUCACUGGAUUCACUUCUGUCGCUCUUGCCUCGACUGUCCCACGCUCAUUUCCCCCUCAUCUUGAUUGCCAAGUCCUCAGAGCGAGGUCAUCACUGCAGUCACGCCAUGGCCCAAGUUGACAACGAAGUCAAGGGCAAGCUCGUCCUGAUCACAGGCGCAUCCGGAGGCAUCGGCGCUGCCGUAGCCCGCCGCCUGUGGUCUCUCGGCGCCCACCUCGCCCUCACCUAUUCUUCUUCCCCCGAGAAGCUGCAGGCCUUGGAGCAAGAACUCUACACCGCCCACUACCCAGCCCUUUCCCUCAAUCGUACCACCGCCAACCCUAAUCCGCUGCCCUUUUCUACCCACAAAUGCGACUUGUCCUCGCCAGCCGACAUCCAACUCCUCUUUACCCAGCUCCAGGACCUGCACGGCCAGUCCGGCCCCGACAUCCUCAUCAGCAAUGCCGGUUAUGGCAAACGCAUCCCCAGCAUUUUGGACAUCAGCCUCGACGAGUUCGACAAGAUGCUCAACAUCAACCUCCGCUCGUCCUUCCUCCUCUGCAAGCUCUCCCUCCCGCACAUGAUCCAGCACAACUGGGGCCGCAUCAUCUUCGUCUCCUCCAUUGCUGCCCAAGGCGGUGGGAUCAACGGAUGUCAUUACGCUGCUUCCAAGGCGGGGUUGCAAGGCUUGAUGAAGAACCUGGCUAGGAAGCACGCCGGCCAAGGCAUCACGGUUAAUGAUGUUGCGCCCGCCAUGAUUGGGGAGACGGGCAUGAUUCCGGAUGCUAAGUUCGUGGAGGGAACGCCGGGAGAUGUCAAGAAUAUUCCUGUUGGAAGGCUCGGGACGACGGACGAGGUGGGGAAUGUGGUGGAGAUGCUGGUGAAGACGGGGUACAUGACGGGGCAGAGUGUGUUGUUGAGUGGGGGGUUGAUGUAGGUAGGUGGGGGUGAGUAUUUGGUUUGGUUGUGAUGUUAGGGUUGGUGUUUUGGUGUUUGGGGGAUUUGGGGGGCACAACGAUGUUACGAUGAUUGGGAUGAGAACAUUAUGCUUUAUACUCUGCGUUGUGUUUUUUCCUUCUGGUCAACAUCAACGCGACCGAACUUGAAUGUAUGAGGAUUUCCUCUUCUG